CCCAGAGUCUGUUACAUUUUCAAACAGUAACCCAGAAUAUCGUUUACAUUGUUGACAUAUAAAUUGCCGUAUGCACAAAUAAUAUCUCCAUCAAAUACAAUAUAUAUGAAGAUUUUGUUUAAUUUAACUUGAAAGAACUUUUUGAUUUGCUGUCUGCAGACAUGUUAUGUCGUACAAAGCAGAAACGGAAACGAAUAACACGUUCAAGUGAUAAAUCGGGAAUAUGCAUACUUAUGAUCUUAUACAUUCUGCAAGGUAUUCCAAUCGGUUUAUCUGCAUCUAUUCCCUUUAUGCUACAAUCAAGUUAUUAUACAGGAAGUUAUCAAGCACAAGCAACAUUUUCAUUAGUCUUUUGGCCAUUUUCAUUUAAAUUAGCCUGGGCACCAAUCAUUGAUUCAAUAUAUAGUACACAUAUUGGACGUCGAAAAACUUGGUUAAUACCAACACAAUAUGCUAUUGGUAUUGAGUUAAUUAUUUUAGCUAAUUAUAUCAACAAUUGGCUUGGACGAGAUCCUGAUAAUCCUUGGAGUCCACUAGGUACACAUCAUCCAGUUAAUAUAUUGAGUUUAACAAUUGCAUUUUUUGGAUUGACAUUUCUUGCUGCAACACAAGAUAUUGCAGUUGAUGGAUGGGCAAUAUCAAUUCUCUCCAAGAAAAAUCUGGGCUGGGCAUCUACAUGCAAUGUUGUCGGACAAACAGUCGGCUAUGUGACUUCAUUUAUCCUAUUCUUGUGUUUGGAAUCACCUAAUAUUUCAAAUACAUAUCUUCGAUGGACUCCUAUAGAAGGUAAAGGAUUGAUUACAUUCUCCGGUUUCCUCUAUUUCUGGGGAAUAACUUUCAUGGUGACCAAUACGUUGUUAGUUUUGUUUAAACAUGAAAAAGAUUCAAAAUUGGACACUGAAUUUCGUAAAUUUUUAAAUCAUUUAUCUUGUAAAAUAUUUCAACGAAAAACAGUACACAAAACUCAUACGCUUAAUCAUCAAAAUCAUAACUGUACACAAAGUAAUAAUAAUAAUAAUGAUCCAACCAUUAAUACUGACACUGUUCAGGAUUACAGUGUAACUAGCUCUCCUAAUAGUGAAGCAAUCAAUGAAGAGAAUGGUAACAUAGAUGAUUCUAAAUUACCGCUUAAAUUGAAUCACUUUAAAGAAACAAAAGAUCAUCAUUUAAACAAGAAUAAACCUGUACAAGGGAAUACAGACCUUGAAUUAAUCGACAGGACAAAACAAAUUCUAAGAAAUAAUAUACAUCAUAACAAUUCUUGUAAAAGUCAAAUGAUAAAAUAUAAUGAACAUUUUAUUGAAAAUCCUCGAAUUGAUGACAAUGGUAAUCAUAAUAAUGAUAAUAUUGAUAAUGAUAAUACUAAUAAUGCUGAAAGUUGCCAUCAUAACAGUUUUCAUCCGACAGCGGAAAUUAUUGAAAAAGAAGCCGAUUUAUCACUUAUCGAUACAUACCGUGUUAUGUUUGGUGUGAUUCGAUUGAAACCUGUGUGGCAAUUUUUAAUUUUAUUAACAACGGUUAAAGUUUGCCUUGCUGCACCAGAGACAGUAUUCAGCUUAAAAUUGAUUGAACAUGGAUUUCCAAAGGAGAGACUUGCGCUAAUUGGUGUAUUAUUGUUGCCAAUACAAGCUGUUUUGCCUCUUCUAGUUACACGUUGGACUAAUGGACCAAGACCGUUGGGGGUAUUUAUAAUUGCUUUUCUACCAAAAUUAUUAGUAUCUUGUUUAACAGUUCCAAUUAUUCAUUACUCUACGUAUUUUCGAAUUUCACCGAAUAAUCAAACACAAAUAAAUUUGAUUAAUUCAAACAGAAGUGAUUUAAACAAUUUUACAGAUACAAUAAAUUCAAUAUCUUAUUCAUUAAAUAUAAAAAAGGAUAUGAACUAUUCAUUCACUUGGCCUUUCUAUGCAUUCUUAUUAUGUAAACUUGUUAUAUACUCGAUUAUAUCAAGUAUAAUGAUGGUGGUACAAGUAGCAUUUCAUGCAAAAAUCAGUGAUCCUACUGUUGGUGGAACAUACAUGACACUGUUGAAUACAGUAUCAAAUAUAGCUAGCAGUUUACCUAGCACUGCUUUUCUUUCACUUAUUGAACCAUUAACUAUACGCGCUUGUAUUUUGAAUACAUUCAAACAAACAACUGUUCAAGUUAUCAAUUCAACUAAUCCAUUCAUAAAUCAUACAAAUAAUGAACAACUUUAUAAUAAUAGUUAUUCAUUUUUCGAUAAAGAUGAAUUGGUUCAAAAGUAUAAUGCUACAUGCAAACCACCUCAAGGUAUAAAAGCAUGUGAAGCUAUCAAUGGUACAUGCGUUACACAAUUAGAUGGAUUCUACCUAGAAGUAGGAUUAUCAGUUGUAUUUGGUUUAAUUGUCUAUCCUUUGCUCCUUUAUCCAUUGGCUAGUCGACUAGAUGCUCUACCAAGUUCAGCUUAUUCAUUUCGACUUACAGGAGAAGGAUGUUGUCAAAGGAAAGUGAAACAACAUAGAAUACCUUUAGAUGAAAAUGUAACUGAAUGUUCACAGUUGAGUACUGCAUAAAAACAAUUCACCUUUGUAGUCAUGAUUCCUUUUUUCCUCACACCAAGCAUUAAUUGAAAAAAAUCGAAAACAAGCAUACACAUUGAAAAAGAUCAUUUGUAUCGACUUCUUUGGCCAGCGCUGGCUGCUUUCAUCUAAC